AUGUUCCAGAACCAACUGCAGAGCUGGCUGAAUGCUGCGCUCUUUGGGCUCCUGCUUCUCCUCGUCCAUGUGCAGGGUCAGGACUCACCAGAGGCCAGCCCCAUCAGAAACACACAUACAGGCCAGGUUCAAGGCAGUCUCAUCCACAUGAAGGACACUAAAGCUGACGUCCACACCUUCCUGGGAAUUCCCUUUGCCAAGCCUCCUGUAGGACCACUGCGCUUCGCACCUCCUGAGGACCCUGAGCCAUGGAGUGGUGUGAGAGAUGGGACCUCACAGCCGGCCAUGUGUCUGCAAAAUCUUGAGCUACUGUAUUCAGAGGGCCUGAAGGAGAUGAAACUGACUCUGUUUCCCUUCCCUAUGUCUGAGGACUGCCUGUAUCUUAACAUCUACACACCAGCACAUGCCCAUGAGGGCUCUAACCUGCCUGUGAUGGUGUGGAUCCAUGGUGGUGGACUGGUUUCGGGCAUGGCUUCAAUGUAUGAUGGAUCUACGCUGGCAGCCACUGAGGAUGUGUUGGUGGUCACUAUCCAGUAUCGUCUGGGUGUCUUGGGCUUCUUCAGCACUGGAGACCAGCAUGCAAGAGGCAACUGGGGAUACCUGGACCAAGUGGCCGCCCUACGCUGGGUCCAGCAGAACAUCGCCCACUUUGGUGGCAACCCUGACCGGGUCACUAUUUUUGGCGAGUCUGCAGGUGGCACAAGUGUGUCUUCACUUGUUGUAUCCCCCAUGUCCCAAGGGCUCUUCCAUGGAGCCAUCAUGGAGAGUGGAGUGGCACUGCUGCCUUAUCUUCUCUCCAACACCUCAGAGAUGGUCCAUACUACGGUUGCCAAGCUCUCUGGAUGUGAGGUCAUGGACUCAGAGGCCCUGGUGUGCUGUUUGAGAGGCAAGAGUGAAGCAGAGAUUCUGGCUAUUAACAAGGUCUUCAUCCUGAUCCCCGGUGUGGUGGAUGGAGAGUUCCUACCCAGGCAUCCCAAAGAGUUGUUGGCAUCUGAGGAUUUUCACCCUGUCCCCAGCAUCAUUGGUGUCAACAAUGAUGAGUACGGUUGGACAAUGCCCAGGGUCAUGGGCUCUGCUCAGAUAAUAAAGGAAAUAACCAGAGAGAACCUGCAGGAUGUUCUGAAGAAUACAACAGCAGAACUAAUGCUGCCUCCUGAGUGUAGUGACCUAAUAAUGGAAGAGUACAUGGGGGACACUGAAGAUCCUGAGACCCUCCAAAUACAGUUCACAGAGAUGAUGGGAGACUUCGUGUUUGUGAUCCCUGCACUCCAAGUAGCAUAUUUUCAGAGUUCCCGUGCUCCUGUCUAUUUCUAUGAAUUUCAACAUCAAUCCAGCUUCCUCAAGGAUGUCAGACCACCCCAUGUGAAGGCUGACCAUGGGGAUGAGGUUCCUUUUGUCUUUGGUUCCAUGUUCUUUGGAAUGAAACUUGACAUCACUGAGGAGGAGGAGCUGCUGAACCAGAGGAUGAUGAAGUACUGGGCCAACUUUGCACGACAGGGGAACCCCAACAGUGAGGAUCUACCCUACUGGCCAAAGCUGAACCAAGAUGAGCAGUAUCUACAGCUGGAUGUCCAGACUGCUGUGGGCCAAGCACUGAAGGCCAGAAAGCUGGAGUUCUGGACCAAGACUCUGCCCCAGAAGAUUCAAGAGUUAAACCGAUCUGAAAAUACGCACAAAGAUAUGUAG